AUGUCAUUUUUGUUUCAAUGUUUUGACAGUAGUAGUUCUACAGCAAUUCCGACUUUCCUUGGCAAACAACCAAUAGCAAAAGCUAAUAAGCAAAUCAAAUGCACCAAUAAAGAGAGAAAUGUUCUCCUUGAUUUCAAAGCUGGCCUUCGAGACCCCUAUCAACAUGAUUGUAUCUCUGCAUGGGGAACUAAGAAGGAAGAUAUCGACAAUUGUUGUAAAUGGUUGGGAGUCACAUGUAACAAUCAAACGGGUCAUGUUGUAGGGCUUAACUUAUCCUCAUGCGGUCUUGAAGGUGAGAUUAGCCUUUCAUUGCUUAAUCUAAUCUAUUUGAAUCAUCUUGACCUUUCUCGAAACUCUUUUAAUGGAACCAUUCCCAUGUCCAUUGGUUGCUUGACUGAAUUAAGGGUUCUUCAUCUUUUCUCAAAUUCUUUUACCGGUAACAUACCCAACUCUGUUGGUUUUUUGACCAAAUUAACAUCUUUUGACCUUUCUCAAAAUUCUUUAAAUGGAACCAUUCCUGAGUCCAUUGGUUACUUAACCGAAUUAAUUCAUUUUGGGCUUGACUCCAAUUCUUUUAGCGGAAACAUUCCUCUAGAUUUAUCAACCUUUACUCGUACAUCAGAAUUAAAUCUGAGUUCCAACAACUUUUAUGGUCCUAUAACGAAUGUUUCUUCCGCUUUAGUUGUGUUAAAUCUUUCGAAAACGAUUUCUAUGGAGGAAUUUCAUUUUUGUGUCAAAUUGUUGAUGGAUCUUUAUGCACAAAACAAUCUAUCUGGAAGGCUUCCAGCAUCCAUUAAAUAUCUUAUUCAACUUAGUGUGUUGGUUUUGUAUAGCAACAACUUAUCUGGGGAAUUGCCUUUAUCUAUGAGGAAUUGCACCGGUUUAACCUUUUUGGAUUUGGGGGACAACAGAUUUUCUGGUAACAUACCGGUUUGGAUUGGUGAAAACUUAGGAUUAAAGGGUCUUAGCCUUGGUUCCAAUGACUUUUUGGGACCCAUUCCUUUACAGUUUUGUCGACUUGUAAAUCUUCGAAUCCUUGACUUGUCAAUGAACAAUCUCAAUGGGACCAUCCCCUCAUGUGUCAAUAAUAUUACUUCCAUGGUCCAACAAGAGUUCUUAACUCCACAAAGCAUAAACGGAUAUAUGUAUUCAUUUAAUGGAUCUUUUGGAUUUAAAGAUUAUAUUGACCAGGCAAUUGUCCAGUGGCAAGGGAUUAGACGUGAAUUCGUGACUAAAAAUCUUCGAUUGUUGAGAAUCAUUGACAUAUCAAGCAACAAUCUAUCAGGACAAAUCCCUAACAAACUAAUCGAUCUUCAGCAAUUGGUUGCACUCAACUUAUCCAAGAACGCUUUAUCUGGGGAGAUUCCACAUAAAAUUGGUCAGAUAAAAAAUAUUUUGACGUUGGAUUUAUCAAGAAACCAUUUUUCUGGAGGAAUACCGUCCAGCAUAUCCGAGAUGACUUUAUUAAAUUAUCUAGACGUGUCAUAUAAUAAUUUGUCAGGAAGAAUUCCAUCUAGCACUCAACUUCAGUCUUUUGAAGCUUCAAGGUACAUUGGAAAUGCAGGAUUGUGUGGACUUCCCCUUCCUAAAAGUUGCACUACAGAUGAAGGAUUUCAAGUACCAUCAACCAUUGGUGAAAGAGAGGGUAAUGGUGACGAAGCUGACAAGGAUGAACUCGAUAGAUGGUUUUAUAUUGGUGGCGCCAUUGGGUUUGCUUUCGGAUUUUGGAUAGUGUGUAUAACUUUACUCGUCAUCAGCCGUGGAAGACGUACGUUCUUUGACUUUCUGGAUACCUUGGAAGACUGGAUUUAUGUGAAGGUGUUGGUGUUCAAAGCAAAAUUUUAG